CAAAGACUAAGAACCUGCACAAGCUAAAUCCAUAUAGUGCAAUGGCAAGUCUAGCUUAUUCCUUGUUCAUUUUAAGCCUAUUUACCUUCACCCUGCUCAACCCAGUUUGUUCCGAGCUGGAUGAAUAUUUGUUUAGCUUUGGGGAUGCUUAUGAUGCAGGCAAUGCCAAAUAUGUACAUCCUCUUGAGUAUCUUCCCUCUUAUCACCAUCCAUAUGGUACCACUUUCUUCGACUAUCCUACAGGAAGAUAUUCUGAUGGUCGCACAGUUGUUGAUUUUGUUGCUGAAGAUGUGAGCUUACCUCGUAUUCCACCGUUCAAAAACAAGGAAGCAAAUUUCACUUAUGGAGCCAAUUUCGCUUCAGAAGGUGCAACUGCUUCGGAUAGUAAUCCGCUAAUCGACUUUCGAAGCCAGAUUAGGGACUUCGGAGAGUUGAAACUGGAAUGGGCAGUCCAACUAGUUAAUGUAACCGAACUAGCAAGGAGGCUGAAAAAGGCAGUUUACUUAAUUUCCUUUGGGGCUGAUGAUUAUUUGAAUUAGGAAAUACCUUCUGAAGCCAGCCGAGAACAAUUGGAAAGUAUUGUGGAUGUAGUGCUUGGCAACAUUUCGGACAGGAUCAAGGAAUUGUAUGAUUUUGGAGCAAGGAAAUUUGUAGUUGAGAACGUUGCACCCCUAGGCUUAAUUCCAUUUAUUAAACAAACGUCCGACAAUUCUACACUAUUUUACGAACUUGCAGCAUUGCACAAAAUGAAACUACCUCAAAUCCUCGAGAAAAUACAAGAUGACUAUCUUUUUCCAGAAUUCAACUAUACAGUCUUCAAUUACUUCGGCAUCAUAAAAGAAAUUAUAGAUGCACCUGGCGAACAUGGCUUCAAGUACGGUGACAUUGCAUGCUGUGGCAAUUCGACAUAUCGUGGGCAAGCUUGUGGAUUUUUGGAUUAUGAAUUUUGUGUGUGUGGUAAUAAGACUGAGUAUUCGUUUUUUGACGGUACCCAUAACACUGAUGCCGCCAAUAAUCUACUAGCUGAAUUAAUGUGGGACAAGGAAUCAGGAUUCAUAUUACCUUAUGGCGUUAAGGACUUCUUUCCAUCUCCUACUACCAUUCAGACCCUUCUUACCGAAGCUACUGCAUUAGGUUAAUUGAAGGCAUAUAUAUUAUUUAAGUUACUGUGUCUGCUAUAUAUAUGUGUCUGUAUUUCUAAUAAAUAAGGCAACAAAUUCGAUAUAGUUUUUGUUGUCCCUACUAAGGAGUUCAGAAGGAUGGAUGGAUUGAACUCUUUUACGUGUUUCAGCUAUUGCGUGUAGCUAGCCUAUUGAAAAAUUCCAUCUAUGCAAAAUUCAAUAUGUGUGUUUUUAUAGUGAAUAUAUAACAAAUAAUCACGGUUUUAAUUAAAAUACCUUUCACUUGUGUGAA